UUUACACGCGUAUUUAAAAUGAAAAAGUAGUAAUUAGUAAUUAGAGGAGGGCACGCAGACGUGAAGAGAUGGAUUUAUUUAUAUUUCCCUCCCUCUUGAGUUUGAUUGAUAGGAGGAGGAGGAUGAGGCCUCUGAGUCUCAGUCUGACGGAGCUAACCUCCUAUGUCCUAUGCUUCAUCAUCCUCCUGCUUCUCCUGGAACAGAUCUCCUACAUACUAAAAAAAGCUUCCAUCCCAGGACCCUCCUUUGUACUUCCCUUCAUAGGCAACGCUAUCCCAUUGGUCCGAGACCCAACCAAUUUCUGGGACCUCCAAUCCUCUUUUGCUAAAUCCACCCCCUCGGGCUUCUCCGCCAACUACAUCAUCGGCAACUUCAUCGUCUUCAUCAGAGACUCCCAUCUCUCCCACAAAAUAUUCUCCAAUGUCAGGCCUGACGCCUUUCACCUGGUGGGCCACCCCUUCGGUAAAAAGCUCUUCGGCCAACACAACCUCAUCUACAUGACUGGCCAAGUCCACAGAGAUCUCCGCCGUCGGAUCGCCCCCAACUUUACACCUAAAGCCCUCUCCACCUACACCGCGCUCCAGCAGAUUAUCAUCCUCAACCACCUCAAGUCAUGGCUCAAUCAGUCCCAAGCCCCAGACUCCCAUUCCAUUCCUCUCCGCAUCCUGGCUCGUGACAUGAACCUCCAGACAUCCCAGACCGUCUUCGUGGGCCCCUACUUGGGCCCCAAAGCCCGAGAGCGUUUCGAGAGGGAUUACUUUCUAUUCAACGUCGGCCUAAUGAAGCUGCCGUUUGACUUCCCCGGCACCGCCUUUCGAAACGCCAGGCUCGCCGUGGACCGCCUCAUUGCAGCACUGGGCACGUGCACCGAGAUGAGCAAAGCACGGAUGAAGGCAGGGGGAGAGCCUUCGUGCCUCGUCGAUUACUGGAUGCAGGACACGCUCAGGGAAAUCGAGGAGGCCAAGCUCGCCGGAGAGAUGCCGCCGCCGUUCUCCACUGACGUCGAGAUCGGAGGUUAUCUCUUUGACUUCCUCUUCGCCGCCCAGGACGCGUCCACGUCGUCGCUGCUUUGGGCGGUGGCGCUACUUGACUCGCACCCGGAGGUGCUCGCCAAGGUGAGAACCGAAGUCGCUGGAAUCUGGUCGCCGGAGUCCGACGAGCUUAUUACUGCCGACAUGCUGAGGGAGAUGAAGUAUACUCUGGCGGUGGCGCGUGAGGUGUUGAGGUUCCGGCCACCGGCGACGCUGGUGCCGCACAUCGCGGCGGAGAGCUUUCCGUUGACGGAAUCGUACACGAUACCCAAAGGAGCGAUAGUGUUCCCGUCGGUCUUCGAAUCGUCGUUUCAGGGGUUCACUGAACCGGACCGCUUCGACCCUAACCGGUUCUCCGAGGAAAGACAAGAGGACCAAAUAUUUAAAAGAAACUUUCUGGCGUUCGGGGCUGGGCCCCAUCAGUGUGUUGGUCAAAGGUACGCAUUUAAUCAUCUUGUUCUCUUCAUCGCCUUGUUCACGACGUUGAUCGAUUUCAAGAGGGACGAAUCCGACGGCUGUGAUGAUAUCGUUUACGUGCCCACCAUUUGCCCCAAAGACGACUGCAGAGUAUUUCUGUCCAAACGGUGCGCACGGUAUCCUUCUUUUCCUUCGGUGGAGGACUUCGUCAAAUGAAAUGCAAUACUAUUAUUUUAAAAAUGUUUUAAUAAUUAUGAAAAUUAAAAUUUAUCCCAGUGAAAUGUAAUAGGUGGAGAUGUUUUGUUUACAUUUUAGUUAUUGAAAUUUUCAUAAUAAAUUAAAUUUGAAGUUGUAAUGUUAUGCUGUGUUGUUUCACGACAAUGUGUUCGUGCUUGUUAUUUGAUGAUUUUAUUUGUCCA